AAUGAGAAAGAAUCUAUUGAUAUACAUGGAGCUGAUUUCGUCCGUAUUUGGCGUUUUCAACAUUCCGAAUUUAAAGGAGACUGGCUAUGUACAAGACGGUGACAUCCUAUUAGGAGGAAUCUUUAGAGUGCAUGAUUAUAGCGAAAAAGCUCCGUGCAGCGAUAGAAUAAGAUCUUCAAAGAGUUUUCAAUACUUUGAGGCGAUGGUAUACGCUAUUAAACAGCUUAACACCGAAAGGAAAAUCCUACCAAAUAUUACGCUGGGCUUUGCCAUAUUGGACGAUUGUAAUCGCGAUCAAACGGCCCUGGCCAGGUGUCUUCGUUUUGUCCCUCCAGCAAGUUGCUGUAAGGAUUGUAAAGAGUCGUCAAUUACCAACAAUCCUUAUCACGAGAUUUCGGGAGUAAUCAGUGGCACAAACAGUCAGAACACUUUAACGGCCGCCACUUUUUUAGAAGUAUUUAAAAUACCAAUGGUCGGAGCUGUUUCUACGUCCGAAUCGUUAAGUGACAAAGAUAAAUACAGUUACUUUAUGAGAGUUGUACCCAGCGACAAAUAUCAGGCGCAAGUAAUUGUUGAUAUACUUUUACUUCACAAUUGGACCUAUGUAUCGGCUGUGAAUUCGGAAGGAGGAUACGGCGAAAUUGGAAUGAGGGCGGUGCUUGAAUUGGCGAGAGAAAAUGGUAUUUGUAUCGCAUACUCAAGACAACUAAGUAAGGCUAGGGGAAAUAUUGAAUACGUGGAAACUGUUCAGAACCUGGCGAAGCAGAAAAACGCGCGGGUUGUUGUCAUGUUUGUUCAGGGCUCCGAUGGCACUGGAAUAAUUAGAGUAGCGAAAUCAAUGGGUCUUUCGCAGAGAUUCAUUUGGAUCACUAGCGAUGGAGUGAAUGCCGCUUCCGAUUUGGUUGGAUUAGAAGAUGCGGCAGAAAGGGCCCAGGGAUUCUCGAAUUACUUUGAGAGCAUCACUCCGUCAAACAAUAGAGACCCGUGGCUUUCCGAACUAUGGUUAAGGGAAUUUAAUUGCGAUCCAUUAAUGCAGGCAUGCCCCUAUCGAAUGACGGAUAUUCCAGAUUAUUCACCUUAUAGUAAGACAGCACUAUUCUCCGACACUGUCAAAACGUUCGCUUACGGAAUAAAGUCAGUUGUAAAGGAAAAGUGUCCCGAAGCUGUUGGACAUCGUUUACAAUUGCGAGAGUGCUUAAGAGGUGGCGAACUUUUGGCGGCUAUGAGAAACGUUUCCUUCUUUGGCAGUUAUGGUCUUGUAAGAUUUGACGAGAACGGAGACGCCGAUGGGAAAUAUCAGAUAGAACAAUUGCAAAAAGACCAAAAUGGGAAACGUUUCGUAGCUUCGGUAGGCAUAUGGGAUAAAUUUCGAAAAGUCUUGGAUAUUACUGAACCUCUCUAUUGGAAUUUUAAUUAUACAAUUGGCUCGGAAUCGAACAUUCCAGAAUCGGUUUGUAGUAAACCCUGCAAUCCUGGCGAAUACGCUCUGCAGCAAGAGUUAAAGUGCUGUUGGCUUUGUAAAAAGUGUAGGGAGAAUGAACGAGUUUUGAAUGGAACCGGUUGCGAAUUAUGCCCUGUUCUAACUUGGCCAGAUGAGAAUACUUUUGACGUAUGCGUCACAAUAGACGCUACUUACCUUCAAUUUAAUCAACCUCUACCUUUGGUAGUCUUGGUUCUUUGCAUUAUUGGGAUAAUUUGGUGUUGGAUAGUACUGUUUGUUUAUUUCCAAAACUGGAAAGAGAGACUGAUCAAAGCGACAAGUAGAGAAUUAAGCAUGAUAACCAUGUUUGGUGUUAUUAUCAACUACGUCACUGCCAUUUGCAUUGUGGCAAAGCCUCAUUCUGGAAAUUGUUAUAUAAGCAGAAUUGGUUUUCACGUUGGUCUGGCCGUCUGCUAUGGUCCUCUACUAUCGAAGACGAGUCGAAUACAUAGAAUAUUCGAGUCGGCGAAGAGAGGAAAACAAAAGCCAAGCUUCAUUAGCAAUAAAGCAGUCAUUGUCUUCGCGGUUAUACUAAUUGCUUUUCAAGGCGUUGUAACAAGUAUUACUACGGCUCUGUAUCCACCGAAUGCACUCUUACGAAUGCCUGUCGAAACGAAACGCUACGUGGAACAGUUGUGCGACUUGCCUCUAAAAGGUCUUAUACCGCCUCUGGCUUAUAACGUUCUCCUUUUGGUUUCGUGUGCAGCCUACGCUUUCAAGUGUCGCAACUUUCCUGAGAACUUCAACGAGAGCAAAUAUAUUUUUGCUUCAGUAUCAACAACGGUGUUCCUCUGGUCAGCGUUCGUACCUACUUAUUUCACCGCCUUCUACGCCGAACAUAAAGCAUUACUACUAGCUUUGGUUCUCGUCCUCAACUCGAUCGUGUUGACUCUGAGCUUUUACGCUCCAAAAGUCUACGCAUUGUACUACGUGGACGAAGAUAAGUUGAUUAUAAAUAACAUGACGUCAAUUGGAGGAGGAGGUGGUAGUGGUGGUGGUCGUUUGUCUUCAAAAGUCGCUCCUGAGAAAUGA